CGACUUACAAUUGAUAGACAUACACAAUGUAUAUCCUUGAGAGACAAACUUGCUUACGGUUAAACGAAAGACACAGUUACUAAUAUAACAGAAGUUAAUCUACCGGAUAUACUUCACCUGCAUUGUAAUGGCCAAGGAAGAGCUUAAGAUUCUCGAAAACAUGAUUGGCGAAGGUAAAUCUGGUCUAGAGUUACACGAAGACUACCCUGCAAUUAUAGUUGUAAUGAGUAUGCUCGCCCUUUUUAGUAUUGCUGGUACCAUUGGAAAUGCUUUAGUGAUAUAUGUGUAUGCACGGAAACGCGAAAAGACAACGACGACCAUUUUUAUCUUGACCUUAGCAGGAACUGAUUUUUUCACAUGCCUUAUAAUCAUUCCAUACACUAUCGUCGUAGAGUAUGUUUCAAAACGAAUCCAUUACGAUACAGCCUGUAAGAUAUACCAGUUCUUAAUAACAUCUAAUGUGCCAUUUUCAGCCUUUAUUAUGGUGGUUAUUGCAUUUGAUCGUUACCUUAAAAUAUGCCGACCUUGGAACCAUACUCUCGAUGUAAAAAUGGCUAAGAAGACUAUAGCUUUUCUCUUACUAUUUGCCGCAGUUUUAGGAAUAAUAACCGCUUUAGUUCACGGUGUUCCUAAUGCAAGCUAUAAGAAAGUGAAUGAAAAUCUAACAAACUCUAAUUCGUCUUUCCUAUCUUCUAAUGGAAAUGUAAAUGCGUUGAAAGACGAGUGGAUACGAACAACUUUUCCUUCUAGUACCAUCAAUAUUACUUUCUCAUCGAUCGAGGAAAAUAACACAUUCAACAAAGAAACACUUGAACGUAUGGAUGCUUCUAAGAUGAAAGGUUUAUGUAUCCCUAACGAGAUAUACAUAAAUAGGAGUGUUCGAAGUGUUUUUCAGAAAUUCUGUGCCUCUCUAUUUUUGGUGUCGGUUAUUUUAGUUUUUAUUCUUUAUAGUCUUGUGUUUCGGUCUUUAGCUGUUCGUCGUUCCAAAAAAUCAAAGAAUAGACUUUUAAAUGGCGGUCAAAAUACAUCACAUCAGACUGUUACAACACACACAUGCGCAGUUACAACAAAACUUACAAUGGCAGAAAACGGAGAAGUUGAAACGGUUCAAAUGCAACCAAUUCCAGAAAAGAAAUCCCGCCAAAAAAGAUCUAAAUCUUUGAAAGAAAAACACAGAGUUGCUAACAUAAAAACAGCAGUCAUUUUAUUUAUAGUAACUGUAGUAUUUAUCAUCGCAUUUUUGCCUGCAUGGUUAAUGGCGAUGCGUGCCGUCGGUGGAAAUAUCAUUUUAUUUUAUAUGCACUUUAGUUAUAACGUUGCAAAUCCUAUCAUCUACGCCUUCUUUAAUCAAAAUUUUAGAAUAGAAAUGAAAAAUGUGUUGAACUGUAGCUAAUUAUUGUCGGUUGUCAAUUUUGACAAUAACAGUAUCUUGGUUUUUUUACUUCUUUAAGUAAUAUUUCAUGUUGCUUGUCUGAUAGAAGACUAAGAACUUCCGAAAGGAGAGAUGUGAUCAGUGGGAGACUAACGGGUCAUACACGUCCUCCAUUGGAAUCAUUCUGCAUGACGUUAACAGAUUCAAAUGUACUUUGUGAAAAAAUAAAGCUUGGAACAUAUAGUCCUGUUGAUGAAAGGAUAUAAACGACAACAUUGUCUCUGCUUAUAUUGACUGUCGUUUGAAGAUAUCUACUGAUAUAAAAAAAAAAAAGCACUUUGUAAGGACGGGAAAGGUUCUAAGGUUAUAUGAUCGAUCUAAAAUUCCUAAGAUUGAGUUGAUACGAAGUUGACAAUGUAAUGCGAUGAGACAAUGUAAUGCG